AUGGCCCAGUUCCACCUGGCCGAGUGCUAUAACGAUGGCGCUGGUGUCGACCGAGACCAUACCAAAGCUGUCGAGCUGUACCGCAGGCUUGCAGAUCGUGGAAUCCCUCAGGCCCAAAUCGCCCUCGGUCGAUGCUACGAAAGUGGUGAAGGUGUCGAUCAAGACUACGACACAGCCAUCGAGUGGUACUCCAAGGCUGCGGAUCAAGGCAGUGAAGACGGCCGUCUCCACAUCGUGUUCCUGCGAGCCUGGUUCUCGUUCAUCGGCCUUGGUGUCGAGCAGAGCGAUGAAGUUGCCUUCAAUCACUGGCAGGAAGUCAGCACCCAGUCCACCAACCCAGUCAUCAAGACCAUCGCCACGCACAUGGUCGGGUGGAUGCACUAUCUCGGUCGAGGUACAGAGCGAGACGAGCCGAAGGGAAUCAAGAUCAUCCGAGAGAACAGAUCGGAUAAGUUCCCACUCGGAGAGGACGAGUGUCUGCGAGCGUGUUGGAACAGCAUCAAUUCCGACUCACCCGCAGCAUGCAAGUUCUUCGAGCUAUGUCAGCUCUCAUCGAAGCGAGAUUGGCUGUGCAGACACCUUAUGGCCGUGUGUCUGUUCCAUAGAUUUGGAACCACAAAUGACCGGAAGAAGGCAGCUGACAUCUUUGAACAACUCGCCAACGAUGGUCACAGCGACAGCCAGCUUUGGAUCGGAUGGUGCUACUUUGGUGGCAGAGGAGUAUUGGCGGACUAUGAUAAGGCGUUUGAGUGGUACAGCAAGUCCGCCAUCCAAGACAACUCGUAUGGGCAGUGGUGGGUUGGUAGGUACUACUGGAAUGGAUGGGGAAUCACCAAGGACCACGCCAAGGCAGCCGAGUUGUUUCGCAAGUCGGCCGAACAAGGCAAUCGAUAUGGACAACAUUAUCUCGGCGUCUAUUACCAAUCUGGCCGUGAUGUCCCCGAGAACAUCGAUACCGCCGUCUUCUGGUAUCGCAAGUCCGCCGAUCAGGGUUGCAAAUAUGUCAUCGCCGAACUCAAGGAACUCGGCGAGUGGCCCUGA